CGGUCGCGUUUUCAGAAGCCUAGGGGUCGCGAUUGCAAGGGCGGAUCUUCGGUUUGCUCAGAAGCCGCAGUGGUGGAGAAUGAGCGGAACCCUGGGAAAGGUGCUUGGCCUAUGGACCAAUACUGUUUCUAAGCAAGGCUUUUCCCUCCAAAGAUUCAGAAUUUUGGGAGAGAAUCCCAUUUAUUCUGCAGGUGGUAUUGUGAGGACCAGUCGGCACUACAAGACAAAGCCCACUCAUGGCAUCGGAAGAUACAGACACUUGGUGAAAGUGCUAGAGCCCAAAAAGAAGAAAGCAAAAGUAGAACUGAGAGCCAUCAAUGUGGGGACAGAUUAUGAAUAUGGGGUUUUAAAUAUCCACCUGACAGCUUAUGACAUGACUCUAGCAGAAAGUUACGCCCGGUAUGUCCACCGCCUCUGCAACCAGCUGUCCAUCAAAGUCGAGGAAAGUUAUGCGAUGCCCACCAAGACCAUGGAAGUGAUGCGGCUACCAGACCAAGGCAACAAAAUGGUCCUAGACUCAGUCCUUACUACCCAUGAACGAGUGGUGCAGAUCAGCGGUCUGAGCGCUACAUUUGCUGAGAUUUUCCUGGAAAUACUCCAAAUCAAUCUUCCAGAAGGAGUCAGAUUGUCAGUGAGGGAGCACACUGAAGAAGACUUCAAGGGAAGGUUCAAAGCUCGGCCAGAACUGGAAGAAUUGUUGGCCAAGUUGAACUAAAUGCUCCCUUCAUGGAAUUGUUGGUGUCAGAGAAGCUCCUCUUGCAAGAUCAGAGUUAAGGAGGAGCAUGAAUGCUCACACUGGGAAUGCCUUCUUGCGUCUGUGACAGCCGUGUUUGAAGUUACCACUUCCCUCAACAAGACGUCGGGCAUUCUCCACCUAAUAAACAUCUGCUGUUGCCACACUGUGUGUGUGUGUGUGGGGUCAGGUAUCUUUAAGGAAUUCUGUUUCUCGAAAGGCCCUGGGUUCGGUCCCCAGCUCCAAAAAAAAAAAAAAAAAAAAGGAAUUCUGUUUCUCUUUGUCUAAACAUCUUCUCAUUUUACCAUAUUUUUUUAGUUAGAGUGAAUUCAUUCUCUAAAAAUCUCUAGUGUAGUCUCUCUGUAGCCUUGGAACUUGCUAUAUAGAUGAGGGUAGCCUCAAACUCAAAGAAAUUCACCUGCCUCCAUUCCCUCAAUUUCCACCCUCCAGACGCUGUGGUUAAAUGUGCAUGCCACUGUGCGCAAUAUGAACCAUCUCUUAAAAUAAUACUGCAGCAUGGAGGUUUAUAAUGAAGUAGAGGUUAUAUCAAAGGUA